UACAGAGUGCUCAGUAGAACGAUGGACAUGAUGGACUGAAAAGGUCCAGUCUUGGACAUUCAGUAUUUCUUUAUUUCUACCGCCUCUGCUGUCCACUAACAGUCACCAUGGUGUUUGAAUCCUUAGUGGUGGAUCUGUUGAACAGAUUCCUGGGUGACUACGUGGAAAAUUUGGACCGUUCCCAGUUGAAACUCGGCAUAUGGGGAGGCGAUGCUGUGUUGGAGAACUUGGACGUAAAGGAAAAUGCUCUGGAUGACUUGGACGUGCCAAUCAAGAUUAAGUCAGGACAUCUAGGGAAGCUGACCCUUAAGAUCCCAUGGAAGAACCUUUACAAGGAUGCAGUUGUUGCCACACUGGAGGGGCUGUAUGUGGUGGCUGUCCCUUCUUCUGGGAUGAAGUAUGAUGCAGAGAAGGAGAGGAAGAUGAAACAGGAGACCAAGAAGAAAGAGCUGGAGCGUAUCGAGGAGGCACAGAUCAAGGAGGCUGAGAAAAAUAAGAACAAAGAUGACAAGCAGGACACUUUCGUGGAGAAACUGGCGACUCAAAUCGUUCGCAACCUUCAGAUCAAGAUCCGAGACAUCCACAUCCGCUACGAGGACACGGUGACCUUCCCGGGCAAACCCUUCUCUGUAGGGGUCACGCUGCAGAACCUUUCCUUCCAGACAACUGACCAAAACUGGAAACCCUGCAUAUUGAAGGACAGUGACAUCAUUAUUUACAAGCUUGUUUCCCUGGACUCCCUGGCUCUCUACUGGAAUGUGAACAGUGCCACUUUUGCUGAUAUGGAGAAGAAGUCUCUGCUGACCACAAUGAGGAAAACCAUUGCCUCUACACAGACUUAUCCAAAAGGCUUUGAGUAUGUCCUGCGGCCGAUUGUCCUGACGUCACAACUGAAGAUUAACCCCAAACCUGAGACCAACCUGUCCAUGCCCAAGGUGUUUGUCAACGUCACACUUAAGGAGAUUGGUCUUGUGGUCGGGAAGAAACAGUACCAGGGAGUGAUGGAGGUUUUAGAGUCAUUAGAACAGAUGAGACUGAAGGCCAUCUACAGAAAAUACCACCCAAACGUCCGCAUCAAGGGAAAUGCCAAGAAAUGGUGGGGAUUUGCCCAGACUGCAGUACUGGAGGAAACUGUCAGGCGGCGAUGUCAGAUGUGGUCCUGGAGGCACAUCCGCAGCCACAGGGAGAAGUGCCGCAUGUACAAGAGACUCUACAAACAACGUCUGGUGCAGAAAAAGGCUUCAACUGACCUGCUCAAGCAACUGGAUGCCCUGGAGGAUGAUCUAGACGUUUUCAACAUCACCGUCAACAGACAACAAGCAGAGAUGCAGCUGCCUUUCAAGGUGAUUCGGUCAGGAGCCGUCAUCAAGGCAAAAAAAUCAGCCUUCCAAGAGGAGAAGGAGAAGAAGGGCUUCUUCAGUUCUGGUCCAUCAAGCUGGUUUGGCAAGAAAGAAGAGAAACAAGAAAUAAAAGAACCAGGAGACCUGAUGUCAGCUGAAGAGAAAGCCAAGCUGUAUUCUGCCAUCGGCUACAGCGAGAACCCAACUGAAAUUACUACAUUCCCACCAGAGUAUGUUGAGAACAAGCUGAUCUUCACAUUGGGUAAAGUAACAUUGGAGAUCCAAGACAAGACACGACAGGAGCCCCAGAUCCUGGUGGUGUCUCUGACAGACAUGUACACCUGUGUGCAGCAACGGCCGUCAGCACAGGCAGUCAUGGUUGAAGCUAAGAUGGACCAGAUGUCGGUGUACGGGAUGCCCCAGAACGGACAGAUACCAGAGAUGGUGGCUUCCCAGAACAUCCAGGCCGACCAGCACUACGCCCUGCUCAGCCUGCACUUCGAGACCAAUCCGCUAGAUGGCAAGGCUGACACACGGGUGGAUGUCAACGCCCAACCCUUGCAGAUAGUGUACGAUGCUGAAACAGUCAACUCAAUAGUGGACUUCUUUAGGCCACCUGAAAAUGUUCAUCUCCAAGACUUGACGUCUGCGGCAAUGUCCAAGUUUGAGGAGUUCCGUGAACAGACAGCUACUGGCCUGCAGCACAUGAUCUCUGUAAGAAAGGUGACAGAUGUACACGUAGACCUGAAGUCAUCCUACAUCAUCCUACCACAGAACGGCUUCUACACUGAAGGGCAGUCCAAUGUUGUUGUUGUUGACCUUGGUUCACUCCGCGUGGACAGUGUCAAGGACACCCUGCCUGCUCCCUUAGCUAAGGCCAAGCUGGGAACAGUGGAAGAAGUCAUGAGUCGUGCUUACGACAAGUUUGACAUCCGGGUUCAAAGUGUACAGUGCAAGUGCUUUACUUGUCUUCUAGGUGGAGACUGGAGGACUGCCCGACAGGAAGCUAACACAAAGCUGCAUGUGAUUCAGCCCAUGGGUCUGGAUGUGCUGCUGCAGAAGUGUAUGGUGGACAACGAUGUCAGGAUGCCAAACAUCAAGGUUUCUGGAAACCUGCCGCUGAUCCAACUGAACAUGUCGGACAAGAAGCUACAGGAAAUCCUCAGUCUUGUACAGAGUAUCCCCCUCCCACCACCUCCCGCUGCCCCCCAGCAGACUGAACAGGAACUGCAGGUUCCAGUACGUCUGGCCGUUGACGACAGUUCCUCAACAAACGUGUUCAAAGUGGUCAGCAGUCUGGCAGUGGGGAAGGUUGCAGAAAGUGAGAGUGAAGAGUCCAUCUACCUGUCAGCGGAGGAAGAUUUCCACACGUCUGACUCCUCAGGUGGGCAGACACCUGUGGGAGUUCGCAGGCUGCCGUCACAACAGAGCUUUGAAGAGGGACAACAGAAAACAGAGCUAGAGCUGCAUUUCGAGAUCAAGGAGGUCAUUAUCAACAUCUCCAGACUACAGAAUGAUGUUGAUGUGCAGCUGUUGAGGCUGGCAGUUCAGUCUGUAGGAGCUGAGGUCAGGAAGAGGACCUGGGACCUGUCUGCACACGCCUUCCUGGGAGGGAUAGGGCUGCAGCACAUGCUGUUUAAAGGAACUGAUGGUGGUCCAUUAAGUAUGAUCAGUACCCCCGCUACUGGAGGGAGCUCUGCACAGCUCCUCAGUGUCCAGUACACUAAGGUUGAGAAGUCCAGUCCUGACUACGCCACGGUGUACAACAGCACGGAGCAACUUCUCAAGGUCGACUUCUCCACUCUCAAGGUCGUGUUCCAUCGCGACGCCCUGGUGAACCUGAUAGACUUUGCGGAAAGUCUGAAGCCGAGCGUGGAGGAUGCUCAACAGUCACUAGGGCCGGAGAAAGAGGAGGAGAAAGCAGAGAGGGAGAGGAGCAAGUCAGGGAAGUGGAAGAAGAAGAAGGAACAGACAGAUGAGAUUGACAUUCAGAUCGACGCCCGUCUGGACACCUUGUCUGUGGUUCUGUGUAAAGAUGAAGCUACUCUAGCUGAUGUACAGAUCAAAGGUCUGGAUGCAGGGGUUGUUGUACAAAAACACAUGACUACAGUCAACACCAGCCUGAAGGACAUUGUUGUACAGGAUCCCACACGCAACUCUCUCUACCCAAAGAUUCUGUCCAUUGUUGGGAAGGAGGUGUUUGCCCUGAACAUUGUAGUGUACAAUGAUGCGACCAAAGGGCAGGGCUACAGUGACAUGAGUGUGGUGGACACCAGUGUGGGGCUCCAGGUCGGGUGUAUCAGAGUCGUCUUUCUCAACAAGUUUGUGGAAGGUCUAGUGGCCUUUGGGAAUGAGUUCCAGGCUGCCAAAGAUGCUGUAUCCGAGGCCGGCGCCCAGGCCACUCAGGCUGCCCUGGAGAGUGCCAAGGACUUCUCCAAAACCAGCACCAGGCUAGCACUGGACAUCUCUGUCAACGCACCUGUCAUUGUCAUCCCACAGUCAUCUACAAACAGGCAAGCUCUAAUAGCUGACCUGGGAAAGCUGACAGUACAGAACAGCUUCAGAAUCAGCGGAGAUCCCAACAAGGAUGUGCCUGCUGUCUUAGACAGCAUGAAGAUUGACCUGACAGCAUUGAAAAUGUCCAGGGGCCUGAUAGAGAAUGAUGAGUGCAGGGCAGAGAUCCUGCUGAUAGAACCUGUGAACCUGCGUCUGUCCAUCACACGUAACCUGGCCGCUGCCUGGUACAGAGACGUACCGGAGGUGGACAUAUCAGGAACACUGGAGGCUAUCAAUGUAAGGCUUGGUCAGGAUGACUUCACCAUGAUGAUGGCCACUCUGGAUCAGAACCUGAAUGAAGGGAAACCCGCUGCAGUUCAGCCUGAGCCAACAACAGGGGGCGCUAUUGAGAUGAAAGUCCCUGGAGAAACGUCAGAUACUUCAAAAGGUUUGCCCACUGCUGUCUAUACUGUCUAUACUGUAGACCAUAACACUAAGAUGAGCUUAUAUCCUGCUGUCCUGCCUUUUCCUCAGAGUUCUGCCUCAGGUAUUUGUGUGCAUGACCAAAAGACCUGCCUGGGCAGUUUCCUGCUGAACACCAUACAGGUAAAAGGGAGACUGCAGUCUGAUAACUCCAUGGACACACGUGUGGCGCUGGUCAACAUGACUUUGGACGACACCAGACCAGGCAGAGAGCACGGCAUCACAAGAAUGUUUCAGCGUGCUUCGGAAGGAGACAACUGCAUGGUCAGUGUUAACUUUGUCCAGGACAGCAAGCUCAACAAGAAAAUUGAUGUGGAUGUGGAACAGAUCUACCUGUGUGUGUGUCUGGAGUAUAUACUGUCUGUAGCAGACUUCUUCCAAAAGGGGCUUCCACAAACUGGACCCAAACCACAACCUGUCCAGUCUAAACCAGACCUAGAUGAGCUGACUGAAGCACUGUUUGAAGAAAUUACUGCAGGUUCCCUAGCUGAAGUCCCCACCAAACCUGAAGCUCCACAGUCUGACCUUGAGUUGAACUUGAAGAUGGGUCGUCCUGAGAUCAUCCUUAUCGCAGACUCCAAGACUAAGGACCAACCAGCACUGGUGUUGGAUACGAUCUUGAUCAGUCAGCCUCCUGGUACGUCUACAGUUGCAGACAUGGAGGAGACGGAAGUUCACUUCCAGAUGAAGAUCACUCCAGAUUUCCAGAUGAUGGCAGGGAGUGUGAAGGACCUGCAGGUCGUCUCCUGUCCCUUUCUGAAGAGCAAGAGAAAAGGCAACAAGAUGAAUAUCCUGCAUCCCUGCUUCAUCUCCCUGCACAGUAAGACUCCGCAGGGCCAGGGCAUGCACCUAGACAUCACCACUAGUGACCUGGAGCUCACCAUCUCUCCUCCCAUCAUCAGGACCAUCACAGCCAUCACAGCAUCUCUCACUCCACAACAGGCUGAUGAGAAUGGGAAGAAGACCUCUGCAGUUCCAGCUGACUUGUGGUGUAUCAAGAGUCUGAAGGAGUGCAACUUCUGGUUCCUUCAGCCAGCUGCCAUUGCUGAUGUGGCAGCAGUCCCUGGUCUAGAGGUCAUUAACCUGCCCAGCACAGGAGAACAGCUGCUGGCCAAGGUCCCGAGUCUGCUGGUGAAGUUGGAGGCCAGCGUGGGCAGCAGAACUGUCCCCAUGCUGGUCCUGGAGGCCAGCUUCCACUCAGAGGUCAAGGACUGGUCUGGAAAGUUGAAUGUAACAGCAGAGUUGAACAUGGAGGUUGCGUACUACAACGACUCGCUGACGGUUUGGGAACCGCUACUGGAGCCGGUGGAAGAUGGCGGAACACGGCGACCUUGGGAACUCAGCGCAGAGGUCAAAGAUGAUGCCAGCCCGUUGACCUCUCCACAAGGAGAGGCCGACCUCGAGGUCAUCCCCUCGGCUCCGCCCACCAUGUCAAUCAAUGUCAAGUCCAGUGAUGUCAUGAACAUCGUCUUCAGCAAGGCUCUUCUGACUCUGCUUACCAACAUGGGGAAGGCCUUCCAGGAGGCUGUGUAUGACACGUCCCCAAAAGCCCACAAGGAAGAGAUGCAUUCUCCCUUCAUGGUCAAAAAUGAGAUGGGCUGCAACAUAACCAUCCAACCAGGGUCAACCUUACAGCUUGUAGCAGCAGCAACACAGCCUGAAGGCAACUGCCUGAGAGACAGACAAACCCUGUACAUGGAGGCAAGAAAAGGGGUUGAACGUGGAAUGAAAAAGUCCUUCUUAGCCAAACAAGACAACAUCACAAGACACACCAUUUCUGUUCAGGUUGAAGGUUAUCAUGAACUGAAGGAUGUUCCUAUCUACAAGGCCGGCAGACGACUUUACAACGUCAGUCUGACUGAGAACAAGGCUGUGAUGUCCAUUGUGUGCCAGAUCGACGCCUCUGAUGGGUCCAAGACUAUCACCUUCAGGUCACCGCUACAGGUGUACAAUGAGUUUCCUGUUGCUAUGGAGCUCUUGUACAGAGAUGGCUCCCACCAACUGGUGCCGCUUGGUUCGAUCCAACCCAGAUCAGAGUUCAGCGUUCCCUUGACUGUGGCGUACAGGAGUGAUAUCUACUGUAGGCCUGUGGACAUGGGAUACCAGGUGUCCAGUACCAGUAUACCCUGGAGAGAGGGGCUGACUUCCCACCAGAAAAUCAGGUCCACUCUACAGUGUCAGCCAGAGAAACCAGGGAACCCAACCUUCUACACAAGUGUGGAGGCAGUGAAGGAUGAACUAUCGUGGGUAGAGGGUACGGACGUUAGCGCCCCCUGUUUUGUACUGCACCUGAGGCCCACAGCAGUCCUGCACAACAGACUGCCUUACCCAGUCUACUAUCUCAUGCAGAGUAAAGAGGGUGCAGCUGAGGAGGCGGGGCUAGGCCCAGGGCUUCACUGUCCUCUCUAUACUUACAGCACCACUGAGACUAUCAUGGAGAUACAGGUGAAGAACUACCUUGGAAAAGAGUGGAUAGGAAAGUUGAACAUCAGUAACACCAUGCAGGAGUUGUCCGUUUGCACGUUCCAGGGUUAUGAUCAUGAUGGCCAACAGAAAUACACUCUGGACCUGGGUGUGCUGGCAUCCCAGACAGAAGGGUUCCUGGACCUCUCAGUGUUCUGUCCUUACUGGAUGGUCAACAAGACUGGUCUUACCCUACAGUACAAGGCAUCUGACGACACUGCAGUCCUGAGUCAUCCUCCCAACCAACAAGAUGUCGUGUUGUUCUCAUUCAAACCAAAGAGCCUCUUUGCUAAGAAGAAGGCCCUCCUACGCGUGGGUUCCCAGUCAGAGUGGUCCGACAAGUUCUCUGUAGAUACAGUCGGCAGUUCUGGCUCUAUCACCUGUAAGGCUGCCAAGGGUACAGACACCAACUUCGAGAUUGGUGUAAAGAUCCAGCUGAGUAACUUCAGUCUGACCAAACAAGUCAUCUUCACCCCACACUAUCUACUGGUCAACCAUGCAGAGUUUGACAUCAGUGUUCAGGAGGAGGAGGGUCAGGAGUGGCUGGAUGUACCUGCAGGGAAGUGUACACCAUUCUGGCCGAAGCCCAAGUCUCAGAAGCUGCGUGUAAAGCUGACAGCCUCUCCCCCCGGUCAGGACAUCACAGAGAACUUCCAGUUCAACCAGGACAACAACGGCAUACUUCUGAAGUUGGUGAAUCAGGUGGGAGGAAUCUUUGUGGACAUCCAGGUUUCUGAGUCGGCCAAUAUCAUCAGUUUCAGCGGGUAUUCACCAGGGGCAGCAGCUGUCCUACUGGUCAACCACACAGCGAACAACCUCAUCCACUACACACAGAGCCAUCAGAAGAAAGAGCAGACCUAUGUUCUGGCACCCCAGCAGGCUGUCCUAUACACAUGGGCAGACCCCACAGGCAAGAAAGAACUGCUGUGGAACAUUGACGGAAACGAAAAACACAACGGCAAAGACAAACUGAUCAAGGAUGGAAUCGGGGAGGUGAAGUUAUCAGGUGACCAGAAGCUGUACUGGGUGUCGUUCCUGGACGGUCUGCAGAGGGUGCUGCUGUUUACUGAGGACCUGGCCGUCACCACCAGGGCUCACGAGGCUGACUUGGAGAGAGUAGAACAAGAGAUUAACCUGCACAUCCAUGGACUCGGGGUGUCACUGGUUAAUAAUGAAACCAAGACAGAAGUAUCUUACAUUGGCAUCACCAGUUCUGGUGUGAUCUGGGAGGAGAAGUUACGUCGGAGAUGGAAGCCACUGUCCCUGAAGAAGUGUAACCUUCUGGAGGAGGCGUACCGUAAGAACCAGAUCCUCAUCAGCAUGGGCCGGGAGCCAAUCACAGGCCCUCAACAACUGGAUUCAGGCUUGAUGGUGGAUGUAUCUGACAUGCGGAUGUACAAACCGAACAAGAGAAACGUUCGGCGCAUGUUCGAGCCGGGAAUCUGGGCACAGGUCAAGAUGUCCAGUCAUCAACAAGCUCUGCAUUUCAAAGUUAACAGACUACAGAUUGACAACCAGCUGCCAGCCUGUGUGUUCCCCUGUGUACUGUACCCUAUAGCUCCACCCAAGUCAGUCGCCCUGGACAGUGCUCCUAAACCUUUCACUGAGCUGAGUUUGGUGAUGAGACAAGAAGAGCACAGCCACGUCAGACAGAUCAAAUACUUCAAGGCCCUGAUGCAGGAGUAUGCUGUGAGUGUGGACCAGGGUUUCCUGUCUGCCAUUAUACAACUCUUCACUACAGAUCAACAACAUAACCCUGACCAAGAGUUGGAAUACUUCCAAGAAGAUGUGAAAGUGUCCCAAACCAGUCUGAUGGCCAUGAUGGUAGAAGGUGCCAUUGGUGAACAGAAAAAUUUCUACGACGACCUUCAUUUGGGCCCGAUCAAGGUCCAUUUGAGUUUCUCUCUCCACGGAGGAGGUGAUGAUAAGACAGAGAAGACAGAUGAAGAGGAGAAGAAGAAAGCCCCGGCUCCUGGGAUACACUUCAAGGCUCUGAACCUGCUACUACAGAGUGUCGGAGUCACACUGACAGAGAUACAGGAUGUAGUGUUCAAGCUUGCCUUCUUUGAACGUAGGAAUGCUUUCUACAGUCAGAGUCAGCUGACAGGAGUCAUUGUCAAGCACUACUCCUCACAAGCGAUCAAGCAAAUGUAUGUGUUAGUACUGGGCCUUGAUGUCCUGGGAAACCCCUUUGGCCUCAUCAGGGGCUUGACUGAGGGGGUAGGGGAUCUCUUCUAUGAGCCCUACCAGGGUGCCAUUCAAGGCCCUGAAGAAUUUGCAGAAGGCUUGGCCCUCGGAGUUCGAAGCUUAGUGGGGCACGCCAUCGGUGGCACGGCCGGUGCAGUGUCCAGGAUCACAGGAACAGUAGGAAAGGGUCUUGCGGCCCUGACUAUGGAUGACGACUACCAACAGAAGAGACUACAGCAGAUGAGCAAACAGCCACAGUCUGUACAGGAGGGCCUGGCACGGGGAGGGAAAGGGCUGCUCAUGGGCUUUGUUGAAGGAGUCACAGGGGUAGUCACCAAACCUGUGGAGGGUGCCAAGAAGGAAGGAGUUGGUGGAUUCUUCAAGGGCAUGGGGAAGGGACUUGUGGGAGUGGUGGCACGGCCGACCGGAGGGGUCAUUGACUUUGCCAGUAGCACCUUCAACACUGUCAAAAGAGCUGCAGAGGUUGGGGAGGAGGUACAGCGCCUGCGCCCCCCUCGACUCAUCUAUGAGGAUGGUAUCAUCCGACCUUAUGCCAUGAGAGAAGCCUGGGGCAACCAAGUCUUACAGGAUGUGGCCAAGGGAAAAUACGCUGCCACAGAUACCUACCACUACCACGCAGUACUGUCUACUGAUGCCAAAGAGGUCUUCCUCAUCACCAACCAGCGGGUAGUGUACUGCAGUAAGGGUGACAUCUUCGGACACUGGGACAGUGACUGGGCCUACAGGUUUGAUGAGUUCAGGGAGCCGCCUAGCCUGGUAGAGAAGGGCAUUAAGAUCCUUGCCAAGGUGGGUACGUCCUAA